UGUUUUUUUUCAGCACAAAGUAGAUAGAAUGAGUCAAAUGAGGGGUAAUGUGUCACCAAAUGGCAGUGAAGAGAAGAAACAGUUAUUCUUUCAGAGUUGCAAAGUAUCAGAGUUGUUGUCAUCUCUUGCAAAUGUUGAAAAUGAACAACAGAAGCAUCGAUUGUUUUUGAAGGGAACAUGUGUAUCUCUCUUCCAUACACUGCGUUCAGUAAUAAAAUCCAAUAACUGGAAGACUUCAGUAUAUAACAAGCAAAGCAUGUUACUUCCUGAGCCCACUACUUUGUUACACAAUUGGUCAGAAGAUGAUAUAGCAAAGAAGGAUGCUGAUUCACGAAGGACAACACUGAGACGCCAAAACAGUUGUGUAUCCAUGCGUGUUAAGUGUCUGUCUAAAUCGAAGACAACAAAUUCUGCUGUAGAAGAAAACAAAAACACUGAUUGUGAUGGUCCACUGCCAGUGCAUAUGCUUCCGUAUGUGCUUUUAAUCAAGAAUUGUCUUCCUCUGUCAAUUUCUUCAAUCCAUUCCAAAUGUUGCAAAGCAGAGAUAUUAUGCAGGAUACUAUACUUUACGCAGAGACUCUGGAAAAAGAAAACACCCAAGCCCUCACCUCAGGAUCCUCCCAGUUCUGAAUUCCAGACCACUGAAGAAACACAGUAUGUGAACUUCCUUAAUCUGAAGGAUCUGCAGUGGAAAUUCUAUAAAGGCAUUGCGAAAAGAAAACAGAAAGUGAGAGUUUUAUGGAGAGAAGCAAACUACAGACCUUUCAAACCAUUCCAGAAAAAAAUCAGGAAUGAAGAAUACAUGCUCCCUUUGAUUCCCAAGAACUGGAUAAUUCAUGACUCUCUUCAAUGAGCACCUAGGAGCCCAUCAUGGAUCACGUCCCCAUUGUGCUAUAUGCGGUACAAACACA